AUGGACAACAUCGACGAGAAAUAUGAUUACCUUCGCGACUGCGCGAAGAAGGUUGAGAGUUUUAAAACCACCAAGAGACGCCUGUCUCUUGAAACUCUCGAGCUGAUACGCCAGCGUGAAGAAGCACGAGCCACGAGGAACCAAGAACUCAGGUCCUGUCUCGCAGGGUAUUGCAGAGAGGUGAUAAAGGAAAACCUCAGAGAGAGAAGAGCAGAACUGCUGGCUGAAGCUGCAGAAGCGUGGAAAAGCAUCCGCUAUGCCCGUCGAGACUUCGCUAGUCGCAAGACGAGGAUGACUGCUCUCCGGAACACGAAGGGAGACAUGUCUGUCUCCCCGUCCGAUGGUGAGGAGGCAAGUGGACAUGGCUGUCGAAGAGAUCAGAGUAGAAGUCGUAGAUGA